ACGGUUAAAACGAACUGGUACUGUUUAAAAUGAACAGCUCGAUUUCAAGAUACCUGAACGAAAACGUACGGUACCAAGAUACCUUAACGAUAACGUACGGUCCCACUUGUGAACCAAAAAAAGUUCUGGCACAAGACGAAGAUGUCGGCGGCGAUGCUGAAGAAGAUGCUGCUGGACGCGGCGGCGGCGCUCAAGGCCGAGCGUUUCCAGGAGGCACAGGACGCUGGUCGCCGCGUGACACAGUUCGAUCCCAAUAACUUUCAGGCCUUCAUGUGUGUGGGACUGGCCAGCUUCCAGCUGCAGGAAGUGCGUUGUCUUGGAUGCCUACGUAUUAACGAUCACUAUCCUGAUAGUAUACGUGAUUAAACUGAUGAUUGUAGUGGGAAGACUGCGAGGAGGCGUAUCGCCGCGCUGCGGAUCUCAAGCCGGACAUGCCGGCGCCAUGGAAGGUAAUUAGACGCCGUUUAAGCCGACUACUGGAUUGCAGAGACUGAGUUUAUGUGGCUAUAGUAUCUUGUGGACCUUUUUGAAGCAAAGAAGGACAUCAAGAGCAAAAUGGAACCGCUGCAGAAACUUGUGGAGAUUAAUUUAAGGGGCAAGAAGUUGAAGAAAUGCCAGAAGUGGGUCGCUGAGGUGGCAGCUACUGCGAUGGAGUUGAAGAUGCUCCCGAAGGUUUGAUCUCGUGCUCAUCGACACUGUCCUAAUAUUUCCACAAUGACGAGUCUUAUUAUUUGUUGCUGGUUUGUGAUUGUCUGGAGCAGGCUUUUGACUCAUGGUACUCACUCGUGGGGGAGCAAUCCAGAGAUUUGGGGCAGCUUUCACUGGAGAAAACUCCGAACGAGGAGCUACCGACAACACUGAGUAUCUGGCUGGAUUUAGUUGAUUUGCUACAGGUACGAUAUCGCUUUGUCCAGUUAGACUAUGGGCGACAUGUUGAACCCAUGUUGUGUUCGCGGUGUAGCGUCCUGGUUUCAAUUUAUCGGAAUGCUCUGGUAGCUACUCCAUGGCAGAAAUCUCGAGUCAGUUCUUUACUGCUGCAUUUCGUACAGAUUGGACAGCCCAGAACGAAGAAAUUGACACACUUCGGCCGCGAAUGGACGUCGCAAUUGCAUUCUUCAUGCGAUUCCACCUGGACGCGUUGAAGACUUCAAAGAAGAAAAGUACUCUUCUGAAGACGAUCGAUGCGUUGGCACUGUCAAUCGUGGAGUGGUUUCCUGAAUCGAAGAUCCCAGCGGAAUAUUUACUUCUCCGAUCUGAAGACCAGGACACUCCUAUUGAGCUGGGAAAGGCAAAGGAGAUUGCGGCACGAUUGUCUGCAAGUCACCCGAAGAGUCCUAUGGCCCUUGUGUUCCAAGCGAUCGAGUGUUUGCAUGCGGGGGAAAACGCCCAGGUAAGAUUGGUUUUGCUCGUGCCUGAUGUCACGGUUUUGAUAAUUGUAAAUGUCCUCUAUCUUUACCAGGCUCGAGAAAUCUUCGUCGAAGCACUCGCAGGAUAUUCGUCUUCUUCAUUUCAAGAAUGUGCUCUUUGCAUUCGCGUUCAAGUCGAACUGGCGUCGAUCGCUCUUGCAGCUCGCGACGUUGAGGGUUGCUUGAAUCGUCUAGCGUUGGCAAAAAAGGUGGUGGCUGACAAGACAAUGAUGCUUGGAUCCGAAGGCCCGAUCCCUGCUCUGUAUUCGGAAGUCAAGGUGCAGUUCAUGACAGCAGCAGCACGUGAAUAUGCUGCCGAAACAGAUAAAGCGCUGGAGCACUACCACAAGGCCAUGGAAAGUGGCGAUGUUGCCUUUACGAUUAGAGCUGCAGUUGCAGCAGCAGAGCUUUUAGCCGGAAAAGCUCGACCACAGGAGGCUCUCGAUAUCAUUGACUCUGUCUCAUUGUCUGAAGUGGAAGAUGAAAGAAUGAGUGCUGCUGCACUGUGCACGCGCGGAUGGCUGCAAUUUCAGCUUGGCGAUCUCCAGCAGGCCCAAGCACUACUAGAGACGAACGCAAGCAAAAUCCCGCCCACUGAUGUAUCUGUUAGAGGGCGAACGCUCAAGCGAUUGGCAAUCAUGUACUGGCACCUCGGCGGGUCUCACCAAACUGCCAAGACUGGAUGUUUUGGUCAUCUACUGCAAGCAGCCAAAUUGACGCCAUCUGACGCGGAAAUCUUUUCAUGGCUGGGAAAAUGGUAUCAAGUAGUCGCAAAGGAUAUUCUGCGUGCUGAAAAGUGUUUCUUGAAAGCACUUUCGCUGUCUCCCACUGAGGAGCUAGCAGGCAUGGCCCUUAGCGACUUUUACGAUCUGCAAGGGAAAUACGAAACGAAUGUUAAGCUGUGGGAGCGAGUGACAGAGAAUCCUGAGACUGCCCCUACGUGGGCACUUUUACGACUGGCUCAGCACCUAGUAGAGCAAAACGACGAGGCUGCAGUGGGGAAAUUGCAUCUGGUCCUGCGCAAUGACCCUAUGAAUGCUCGCUACUGGGUCAUUCUGGCGCAUGUUUACCAAAACUUUGACAAACAAGUGUCCGCGCAAAGAUCGUACUUGAAGGCCAUCGAACUAGGUGAAGAAAGCUGGUGCGUUCGCUGUGAAUUGGCUCGAAUUGAAGGGUCAUUGCUGCUCUUCGAUGAUGCUUUGGAGCGUAUCAGACCUGUUGUUACUGGCGAGUUGUCGAAUGGUGAGCCGGACGUGACGGUGGCUUCCAUGAUUUACGCUGAUUUACUUUUCCAACAAGCUAAAUACUUAUGCGCCGAGGGAUUGUAUGGCAAUGCUGCUAAAAAUCUGAAGGAGGCUUCGCGCAUGAUGAAGGGGCUGCCAUCUACUUCUCCACUUUCAGGAUCUGUGGAAGCGUGCAAGUUGAUCGGUGAUAUUCAUUGCUUCGCUUUCUACUUGUCGCCGGAUGACUUUUCAAGCGAAGGAUCCAGCUGGGUGGAGUUUAUCAGCGCAGGACGGAAAGCGUAUGAAGCUGCUGUACUUUUUGCCAGCAAGGGCGGAAAAGAGGCGGCGGACGGCCCUGACACUGUUGCAGCAGAAAGAUAUUACGACAUCGGUCUGAGUUACUGGUACGAAGUUCAGGCUCUGAGUAAUGUGCGAGGUAUUCCCACUUCAGCUUUCUCAGGUGAGACAGGACUCGACACAGAUUCUUCUGUUGCAGCACUGAAGGUGAAGGCAUCGACGAAUUUCAAGCUGGCUCUGCAAGAGGACCCUUCGUGUUCGUUGGCCUGGAAUGGUUUGGCUCUUGUGUCUGAUAAUCUGCUGGUAAAGCAAUUUGCCUGGACACGAGCGAUCCAAACUGGCACCAGCAGCGACGCCACAUGGGCCAAUCUGGGUAUGUUCUACCUCAGUCAGGCUGACACCGUGCCAACAACAGCGUCUUUGGCGCAGAAGUCGUUCCUCCAACUGCAGAGCAUGAACCCAAGCAACCCGUCCAUGUGGAAUGGCUAUGCUAUGCUGGCUCGUCGUCAAGCUAACUCGACAGUUCAGCAAAGAAAAGCGAUUGAAGCGUUCGACUGCGCGUUGCAGACCGGGCUGGAUCUGGAUGCUUUGCUAGGCUUGAGCAUGGCACUGCUUGAUUUCGGUGCGAGCGUUGGUGAAUCAAUCACCCAAGCCCCAGAGCACAGCAAUGAAGUGGUGAUGUUCUAUCUCAAAAAGUAUCUGGAACGAGAUCCGUUCAACGGGCGCGCUUGGCAUGCCCUCGGUGUCGCUCAACAUCGACUAGGACUCUACACCGAGGCUUUGGCAUCGUACACCCGCGCGGCUUCGUCGACGCAAGCGCCUGAGGGACUUGAAUGGAACACGUUGGUGACAAAACUCGGCGAGCUGUCCAGUACACUUAAGUACACUACAGAGGAAGAAUCAACACUCCUGCAGAAGAUUGUUGCACAGAUAAACUCAUCGUCAAGUGAAGCCUCGGCACUACAGGCUAUCGUGCAAGCCCAGGUACUAUACCGCCAAGCGAAGGGAGGUGAGGCGCUGAAUCUGCUUCAGGCGCUGUUGGCGCAAGACGAAACCCAGUCCAGCCAAAGUGAAGUCGUUGCCCUUGUGGGACUAUCGUUGGCGAGCUUGUUGAUGGAGCAAUUCACGUCUCAGGCCACUGGUCUCGCUGCAGCGUGUAAGAAACGCCUCCUGUUGUCGAUUGAUGAAGCGGAGUCAACUCUUACCACGCGCGACUACCUGAAUCUGCGUUUGGUUGAGCUUCAUGAACGAUGGGUGGGCGCCGAAGACACUUAUUUGACACGCUUGCAGGCACUGUCGCAAGCUAACGAUGGCACUAAAUCCAGCACUUUGUGGACGCGACUGGCUCUUGCAGCGAUGGAUUCGGAGGCCCUUCAGGCGUCAAGUUGCCUCGCGGAAUACUUGCGUUCGAGUGCCAGACAAAUGCCGUCUUUAGGUAAAGAGAUGAUGGAUCGCAACUUCCUCGAUGCGCUGGUGGGUCUAUUCAAGGCUGUCUUGGAACCCGCAUGCUUACAUUUUGGCUGGCGCGAGCGUGUUGAAGCGCAUGAGUCUUGA